UGAUGAACUAUUUGCAUACGUCAGUUUCUGCACUAGUCUAGUUCCAUGCGGCUUAUCGCGGAAGCCAGUCGAUCACUUCGAAACAAGCAAGGAACUGUUUUUCUUUUGCCUCAUCAAGCGAAAUGAGUUUACUGCGCAUUUUCAUACCUUUUCUGGUAUUCGUACUCGACUGCCUUUUUGCGCAAAAAGUCUACGAGUGUCGCACAUCUUUGACAGGCGUUUGCAUCCUAGAAGGUGUUGAGCAUACCCCGAACGAAGAGGAGCCAAUCAUUCUACCCGAAGAACUUCAAUUCGUCGAGCUCGUCAAUGGCAACAUCCCGAAAAUAACCGAAGAGUUUUAUAACGAAUUUGGCGAACCACCGACCAACUUCACUGUUGUGAACUGUGGCGUAGAACAACUAUUCGUUUGUCCGCAGUUCGUACACCUAAAUGCCACCGGAAAUAAAUUGAAAUCCGUAACAAUCAACAACAAAGUGUCCUACGACCGUUUGAAAGUGUUCGUCGUGGCGCAUAAUCUACUCAAAAGGCUACCCAACAUCAAAGACAUGUCACAGCUGGAACAUCUGGACGUGUCUCACAACUCCAUUGACUACAUUGAUCUGAAAGCUUUCCAGCGACUGACAAAACUAAAGGUCCUAAACUUGACUUCGAACAGGAUCGGUUCUUUGGACGGUGCUUUCAAGCAGGGACAACUGAUCGAACUUCGUCUGAGCAACAACGAGCUGCAAGACAUAAGCUUCGAUGAUUGGCAGAUGCCCAAUCUGGAAAUCCUAGACCUGAGCUUGAAUCUGCUAAUGUAUCUGAACGGGGAAGAUCUUCGGGAGCCGUUCCCACUGUUACGCUAUCUGGGCCUUCCGGGAAACCAGUGGAACUGUCGCUCCUUACCGAAGUUGCUGGAUAGCUUGAAGGAGCGAUCGAUAAGAUUUUUUGGCGAUGUGACACGAUGUGCAGCAAACCUGACAUCGGUGAAGGGCUUUUGCUGCCAGGACAGUUACGUCAGCUGGGUGACACUGCAGUCGCAGUGGGAGAUUCGAAAGCUGGAACGGAAGAUACAGUCGCUGAACGACACACUGCUGGCGGAUUUGGCGAAGGUGAAGAACGAACAGGGCCAACAGAUUGCGCAACUGGAACGGAAGAUUGAGCAACAGGAAAAGCUGAUGGAAACGAUGAGGAACCAUUUGAUGUCGAUGGAGGGACUCAUCGAAGAUUUGAUCGAGGAGCUGUAUUUGAGGGAAGUGGAAACGGCGAGGUUGAAAAAUGAUGUGGUCGAGAAUGUAAAGGAGAAUGCACCGAUGAAACUCAUUUAUUAGGCUACAGAUUGAAUAUUUUUAGAUAAAUUUAAAGACAAAUAACAAAUAAAUUUUUCUCAGUAGCACAUAGUUAAGUCUUCACAUAAGAUUUUACCGGCAUCAAUCGAUUUGAAGAUUAGAUAAUUGAAGAACUUGAUACUUUCAUUCAACGAUUACUCUGGAGACCAAUUGCAUCACCAUUGCACCAUAAGAUCGGAGGAACCUGUUGGAUUUGGAUGUGUGAAAUAAUUGCCUCUUCAAGCUGCGACAAGUCCCGUAGUUGGUGUAUGUUAGGUCUUUUCCUUUGUAGCGUAGUCAGCAGAAUAAGUGCUUGGUUUGCGAGAAGAAGAUGAGAUAAUCCGAAAGCUCUUCCUCGACGUAGAACACCUUCCAAUCAUCGAAAGUAGUGUGUGCACCUCGUAAUCAAUAUAUGCUUGUAAAUUAAUUUAUUUUCUAUUUUUAUGUCCCACACUUCGCUCAGCGGUGGUGUGGCCACAUCGUCAAAGACGAUGAUUGCCACCGAGUCUUUCCUGGGUCUUUCGUUGUCAAUUCUUCGGCUUUGUCGCCGGCAAGUGCAAGUGCUGAACUUAAUUCGUGGUCGGUGGUAAAUUGUUAUUGUCACUGGAAAUGCAAUUUCAUUUUCGCUUACUGCUUGCUCAUCCCGGAGACGAUGUCGUCUCAGGGACGACCGAAGACUGCCACCGAAAUCGAUUUGCUACCCUAUGCCGGAAAGCUCGGGAAAUGGGGCAUGAGUGGUAGACCAGCAGUUCUUCAACUUCGUGGAGAAGGGGAAAGGCCAUACGGAAGUGUUCUUACCCAGGAAAAGGGGUUCGUCCCCAACGAUGAUUAUAAUGAUGAUGAUAAAGAAGCCAAUGAUUAUAAGGUUAGUGGAAAAUUGUUCCAUCGUCUUGGGCGAGGUGAUAGAAUGAGAAUUUGCACCAAGGAAGAGGAAGGUUUAACGGCAAACGAGAAUUGUACGUGUCUGACGAUGAUCCUGUUGGGUCGAAUAGACAAUUACAGGUUGUUCCGUAUCUCAAAAUCUGUUUCAAUGCACCUACUGUACACGCUCCAAAAGAGCUUUAAAAGAUAAUCUAUUUUUUAGGAAAUAUUAGAUUUAUAAGAAGUAAUUAUAUGAUUGCAACAUUUUAUUGAAUAUUCGCCUUAAGACACAUUCAUUCUAAUAAAGCUAAGGAAUGUUGCACUAAUACGUAUUCGUCGAACGUAG